AUGUUCCCCGCAUGGCCCUGGCAGACUGGGGCAGUCGCCUUUGGUCUGUUAGGCGUUAUCGUCUACUCCUAUCGUUCUCGCAAAUCCAAAUUUCAUCAAUUGCCCCUACCUCCUGGUCCAUCAGAGCCUCCUCUUGGGCAGUAUCCACCCAGGAAGAUUGCUCAGUGGAUAGAACAAUACGGACCAGUCGUAUCUCUCAAUGAUGGAAAAAAUGUACUAGUCAUCAUCGGACAUCAUCAGGAAGCGAUCGACCUCAUGGAGAAGCAAGGUGCAUUCCUCGCAGACCGGCCUCGUUCGGUCGCUGGCGGUGACAUCCUCGGAAGAGGAAUGCGAUUCGUCCAACUUCGCUAUGGAGAACAGUUUCGCAGAUAUCGCAAAAUUUCGCAUGUGCACCUUCAAGUGAAAACUGCUCAGACUUAUGAGCCAAUACAAUUCGCGCAUGCACGUGAGAUUAUUAUGGACAUGCUGAACGAGCCUACAUUGCACCGUCAGCAUAUCAAGCGGUCAGGGAAAACAACUUAUACAUCACUUGACGACCCGUAUCUGUUGCGGCUGCAAAGGAUGGUCCCAAGAAUUCAGGGCGCGAUGGCACCAGGCGCGUACCUCUGUGACGAGUACCCCAUCCUCAAAUAUAUUCCCGGUUACGGGAGAGAGUUGAAGCAGUGGGGACAGGAAGAAUACGAUAUGCUGUUCGGCCAGUUCAAGUGGGUUAAAAGUCAAGUGGAAAGCAAUAUUGCCCCUCAAUCAGUUACAAAGGAUUUCCUCGAUCACUCCGACGAAAACAAACUGUAUGAGCCAGAGAUAGCAUAUCUUAGCGGGUCCCUCGUCGGAGCAGGCUCCGAUACAACGGCUGUCGCUAUUUCCACAGUGUUAAUGGCUGCUGCAGGUUUCCCACACGCACAAGAUCGCGUACAUGAGGAGCUGGAAGUUGUGGUUGGCGGAGAGACCCCUCCCACUUUCGAGGACUGGUCGCGGCUUAUUCAGGUCCAAGCCUUCAUUCUGGAAGCUCUUCGAUGGAGGCCAAUCAACCCAUCAGGAUUCCCGCACCGCGCAAUGAAGGAUGUAAUUUGGAAUGGCAUGUGCAUCCCUGCCGGGGCCAUUGUCUUAGGAAGUAAUUGGAGCAUCGGGCGCGACCCCUCUGUCUUCCACGAUCCCGAAGUAUUCAACCCACAACGAUGGAUUGGUUCAGACGGAGAAAUCAGAGAGGACAUGAAGAUAUUCACUUUUGGUUAUGGAAGACGUGCAUGCCCAGGGGUCCAUAUUGCUAGACGAUCAGUGUAUAUCGCCGUCGCUCUUAUGUUCUGGUCUUUCACGGUGGCAGAAGACCCUAGUGAUCCUAUUGACGACACUGCAUUUACCCCUGGUGUGGUAUCACACCAGAUGCCUUUCAGCCUGAUGUUCAAGCCCCGUAUGGAUGAAGCGUUGUUGAGGAACACUUUCGGUUAA